AUGGAAAAGCCGAACAAGGAAGUAGCGGCGACCGCAGAUGAGCAGUCUGCGCAGAGCGAAGAAAAUGAAAAAAUGAAAGCAGUGCCACGGCACAAAGGACACAAAGGGCUGUUGAAGCAACUGGCAGGCCUCAGACAGUAUGCGGCCGGAAAACAGGAAGUGGAGGAGAGCAGCUCACAGCUUGACGAGCAGCCGUACAGAAGCUCAGAUGAGGCAUCGGAGCAUGGGAGAGAGUGGAGUGGGGAAUUCACGGAGGUGACCCCCCCACGCCUGCCAGAUAUGAUCUCAUUGCCAACGAAACUGGAACAGGUCUCACAAACACCUCGAAUUCUUGAGGAGCGUUUGAAGGAGGCACAUAAAUCUGUACGAAAAUUGGGAGUGAAGGAUCUGACCCAGCCUCAGCAGUCUGGGAAAGCAGAGCCUGCACAGAGGACUGUGCCGGCCAGGGAAAGCAGUGUCCCUGUUACGGGACCAGAGCCAACCCUUGUGAAACUUCAGAGCCAGGAGAAGCACCGCUUGGAGAGAGAGAAGGCGAGACACCGAGAGAGAGAGCUGAGAAUGUGGGGGUCGAGCAAGCAGCACGCAGACCACAGACAUCGAAAGAAACAGAACCCAUGGCCACCAGCGAGCGGUCGUCCGCUGGUGAGACGAGAGCCACGCAAGGAAACAGAGGAGAUACGGAAGAGGUCAGCUGAAGGCCAGAGGAAGGAGCAGCCUCUCGAGGGUCCCAGGGUUGAAGCCAGCAACUUCAGGAGAUACAUUUACGGCCGGAGGGCUGUGGAAAAAUCUCCCUGCUUCAGCAGACAGAGGCGACGAGCGCUGGGUUGGAGAAACCCAGUACACCAGGCCCCAUUUCUCGGGCCUUGGGCGGCGGAGGCUCGAAGGAGAACGGCCGUGAUUUACGAGAGCCCUCUCACAGAGUUCCGAAAACCAGCCUCACAGGGCUCUAGCCGGGCAGCGGCUGAGAGCGAAAAAGAGGAAGUGGGGGCUGGGACAGGCACCGAAAGCUGCUAUCCACCAUUCAUCGUCCUGGGGGCCAGGGUCUGGCCACCUAACCAUCACCUGACCACAUACCAAGAGCCAAGAACCACAGGGGCGGGCCCUAACUUGAGGAGGCCGCAGACAGCGAGAGAGGAAGGGUCUCAUCUCUCCGCUGACCGACGGCUGAAGCAGGGCGAAUCUCAAGAGGGGUCGAGUCAGGCUAAUCGUCCCGCCUGUGUAACCUCAGAAACCAGUGAACCUUCUGGGGUUUGCUAA